AUGAUGGAGUGGUUUGUCCUGGCGUUCAUACUGAGCUUCCCGUCCCUGACCCAGGCAGACUGCUCCUCGCAAUGUUUGAAAUGCGCUCAACAGAUCCCCAGUCUAGACACAGAAGUCAACCGGCUGACGUGUACCUUAGAAUGUGAAGGGACCCUGGUAACCACCAGCCUAUUAGACAAAUGCGAAAAAGCGUUGCAGGAACUUGGAAAUGGCUUAACGGAAUUAAAGCAAGAUUACGAAGACGUGCAAAGCACAUCUAAAGUGAAGGAUCCCGAGGAACCCUGGGUUGCCAGUCUGGUGAAGCGGUACGGUGGAUUCAUAAAAAGGAUCGACAAAAAUAAAAUUUCCACCUCGCCAUGGAAUGAGAACACAUAUUUAAAAGGAUUCUUUGCAAAGAAAUAUGGCGAGCCAUAUCGAAAGUUCGGCGAGAGAGAUGUCUCGGAGCUUUCUGAGGACUCCGAACGCGAAGACGUUACCUCGGAAAAUGACCAAACACUAUUUGACGAUACUGCCUUGAAUGAAGUAAAGCGCUAUGGUGGUUUUUUGCGAAAAUUUGGGCCAAAGAGAGGCAACCUCAUCGAUGACAGUAGCAGACAGGAUUUGCAAAAGAGAUAUGGGGGUUUCAUGCGAAGAAUCCGUCCAAAGUUGAAAUGGGACAAUCAGAAGCGAUACGGCGGUUUUUUACGUCGCCAUUUCAAAAUUUCCGUGCGGUCGGAGGACGAACCGAAUUUAUUUGAUGAGUUUGGUCUAUAG